AUGGUAUCUGUUAAUGGGAAAAUAAUUCCAUUAACACAUACUAUAUGUGCUGCUGCUGCCUUUCUAGUGGCUUUAAUAGUUGGGUAUUCUUUACAUUUUCAUAAAAUUGUAGAAAAUGCACACUAUGGUUACCCAGAAGAAUGGUUCCCAAGUGUUUCUGCUACUAUCGGAGAUCGUUAUCCUGAAAGAUCUCUAUUCCAAAUAUUGAUAGCUUUAACAGCUUUCCCAAGAUUCUUACUAUUAUUAGGUCAUUACUAUUUAAAUGGUUCUCUUUUCGGAUUAAUUGUUGGUGUUGUAAGAACUGUCACCUGCGGUGGUUGGGUCUACAUCACAAGUACGGAUGACCAUUUAACUCACGAUGUUUUCAUGAUCUCUUACAUGGUUUUGACUAUACCUUGGAAUAUCGUUAUCACUAAAAAUUCUUCAACAAAAUUGAAACAUACUAGUGUAGCUUCAAUGUUCUAUAUCACUUUAUUCCCAUUGAUUUAUUGGUAUAUCCAACAUCAAGUCCAUCAUAUUCCAGGUGCCUACUCUGUAUAUGCAUACUUUGAAUGGGCUUUGAUUAUUUUUGAUGUUACCUUCGAUUCUUUGUCUUACACAGAUUUCAGUGAUAUUACAAUUAAUAUCGGUAUGAAUGCAGAUUCAGUAAGCGAAGAAGCAAGUUGGUUUUUUAAGGUUAAAAACGAUGCUAAAAUAGAAGAUAAUUCCGCGACUGCUACCAUUGUAGGUAUCGAAAAGGAGGAAUUACUUGAAAAUAAUGACAGUUUCACAACUGAAGAAAUAGACACUUCUUUCACUCAGGUUAUUCAAGCAGAUGAUAGUAAUAUUGAAAUUCUAAUUGAAAAAACUGAAGAAAUAACUUAUAUUUCUCAUUUAGACAAUCCACCUUCCUAUGAUUCCUAUAUCUACAUUAUUACCAAUUUAUUCAACUCAUUUAUCUUCUGGACUACUUUGACUGCUCUAGGUUGCUCUGUUUGGCACUUCCCAUUGUGGUACAUGGGUAUCUCUGGUUAUGAAGCGUCAAUUUUAGGUUACAUGGGUUCUGUUGUUCUACUUUUCCCAACCGUACCAAAUAUUAUUUAUCAAUAUGGUUGUUUAGUUGGUGGUUUGAUAUCUAUUGGUUCAUACUUGGUGUAUAUCCCAGAAUCAAGAUUGUUAGUCGUUUGUGCAGGUGCUGUAAUAAUAAUGUCAUAUUUUGCACUAACUAUUCAAUCGAUUAAAUCAUCUAGAAUUAAUGGGGCCUUUGUAUCUUGCUGGUUACUUGGUUUAGUAUUAUCAGUUGUUAUGAAAAUGGGAUUUUUCUCAAACAACCCAAUUUGGCCAAUUAUGCACGAAGAAAAUGGAGGUUACAAUAAGACUGCUUUGAUUUUUGUUACAAUUUUUGGUAUCUUAUCUCCAUAUGUCAACUCUAUUCAUUUUGUAGGUGAAAAUGGAGUUGAGAAAUCUGCUAUUAAAACUUCCUUCUUCUCCAAAUUAUUCAUUGCUCUUGGUUUUGGUUCGAUGAUUUUUGCAAUUCAUCAAUUACUAACUGAUUCUUCAACUCUUAUCUACUGGUCUUGGGAAGGUUAUGGUGAAACCUCACAAGGUCCAUUGCCAUGGCCAUGGGCUGCAUUGAGUUGUGUCGUUAUGUUAUUAGCAGCUUUCUUUGCUACUUUCUUCACUGGUAGAGCCAUGUUCCCAACCGUUUUGUUGAUGGCUUCCACAGCUGUUCUAUGUAAUAAAGAUGUUAAAGAAUGGAAUAAAUAUAUUUAUGGUGGUCUAGGUUAUAUCAUAUCGAUGAUAUUCUUAGUUCCAACAUAUUUGUCUGCCAUGAGUGCAAUUGACAGUCUAUGGAUCUUUGCUUUGGCCGGAUUUGUCCAUGACCUAUACAUCUUAGCUCAUGUUUGGGUAACUGCUUACGCAUUUGUUCCAUUUGGUUGGAUUUUAAGAGAGAGCAUUGAGGUUGUUCUUGGAACAUCAACACUCUUAAUUAUAAUAGGUGCGUUAAUUGCAAACGGCAAAGUGUUGGAAAAAGGAUCCGCCCUUGGUGGCAAAUUUGUUAGACGCUUAUUGUUGUUUGUGGUUUUGACUUUGGCUCUGAUUGCAAAUUUCACUAACGAAUUACAACUAAAAGAAGUACCACAACCAUACCACCCUGACUCCAAGUUGAUCACCGCGGGUAUCUGGACUAUACAUUUCGGUUUAGAUAAUGACAUGUGGGCCUCAGAAGAUAGAAUGAUUGAAUUGGUUAGAGAAAUGGAAUUAGAUGUCUUUGGUAUUUUAGAGACUGAUACUCAACAUAUUGUUAUGGGUAACAGAGAUUUGACAAGUAAAAUGGCUCAUGAAUUGGGUAUGUAUGCAGACUAUGGUCCAGGACCAAACAAGCACACAUGGGGUUGUGCAUUGUUUUCUAAAUUCCCAAUUAUCAAUUCCACUCAUUAUUUGCUACCAUCGCCCGUGGGUGAAUUGGCUCCUGCAAUUCAUGCCACGAUUAAAACAUAUGACGAUAUUCUAGUCGAUAUUUUUGUUUUCCAUAGUGGUCAAGAAGAAGAUGUUGAAGAUAGAAGAUUACAAACAGAAGAACUAUCAAGACUGAUGGGUAGCACAAAUAGGCCAGCCAUUUUGUUAAGUUAUUUGGUUACCGAACCUCUAACUGGUAACUAUAAUACAUAUGUCAGUGAUAAAUCUGGUAUGUAUGAUAUUGAUCCAACCGACGAUGAUAGAUGGUGUGAAUAUAUCUUGUUUAAGAAAUUAAGAAGAACUGGUUAUGCAAGAGUUGCUAGAGGUACUAUUACAGAUACAGAGUUGCAAGUAGGGAAAUUCCAAGUUUUAUCUGAUAAUGAAGUUGAAGAAUAUGGUGAAGAUUUAUAUUCUUUUACACAUUCAUCUGAACCAGAAAAUGAAGAUAUGAAAUUCCCUGAUAUGUUCUUGGGAGAAGGUGAAAGAGGACAUUAUUACCAUGUUUUUGAUGAACCAAGAUAUUAUAGGGGUUCAAAUUAUCAAAAUGGAGACGAUAUUAACGAUAAUGAUACUGAUGAAUGA